GAAGCGAGAGCCGGACCGGCGAGGCCGUCCUUCGAAUAUUAAACCCCCACCCCCCCACCCCGGCAAUGUCGGGCAGGUCGGUCCGAGCGGAGACCCGGAGCAGGGCCAAGGAUGACAUCAAGCGGGUUAUGGCCGCUAUUGAGAAAGUACGAAAAUGGGAGAAGAAAUGGGUGACGGUGGGAGACACGUCACUUCGUAUCUACAAAUGGGUGCCAGUGACGGAGCCCAAGUCGGAUGACAAAAACAAGAACAAGAAGAAGGGCAAGGAUGAGAAAUACGGUUCUGAGUUGACGACUCCAGAGAACAGUUCCUCUCCUGGCAUGAUGGACAUGCACGACGACAACAGUAACCAGAGCUCCAUCGCCGAUUCGUCGCCUGUCAAACAGGAAACCAGUUGUAGUACCAGUCCAGCACCCGAGUCCACCGGCGUGUCUCACCGCGAAAACGGCGACGUCAAGAUUGAGCAGAGUCCUGAUACCAAGAGGGGUGAACCACACAAAUUCCUCCCAGGUAAAAGUCUGGUGACUGCAGAAGUGACGGAUCGCAGCGUAAAGCGAGAUGCUGACAAAGACUCCUUGGAGAGUAAAGCCACUCAGGAUGUGGAGCAAGAGGCCCCACCCACCAAGAAGUGUAAAGUGGAGUCUCAGGACUUUGAGGAGACUUAAAGGUUCCUCGAUGCCUCCCCUCCAUUAACUCUAUCAGGGCUAAUGGACAGACACACACACACACACACUCAACACCCCCCACCCGUACCACAGGGAGAAUUGACACCGCCUUCCCAACCUAAUCCCUUGUUUCCACCACGGAUGUUAGAAAUUUGAUGCCGCGCUUCCAGUCCACCAACAAGGAGCAUCCCCCUGAAUUGAGAUCAGGGAGGAUUCCGAGCGUUGGGUUGGGGGGGGGUGGGGUGGGGGGGUUCCUGGAUGGUCCCGCUAGACUGAUUUUAGGAUUUCUUUUCCUCAGGAGGGUCAACGCACUGUUACAUAAAAUGGAUCAUGGGAAAAAACGUGCUGCUGUUAUUGGAGGUCUCUUCUCUCUCUCCAUGGAGGGGGUGUCCCGUUUUUUUUUACCGAAGGCGGCUUGUGUUGCCAUCUUUUUGGUUUUGCCUUAAAAAUUCAUCCCUGACGAGCGCCCCCACAGAUUUUGUUAGCUCAGCGUAGUAUAGCACAAAGUCAGGCAGCAAUAUCCCACUUUUUACUGUUACGCUGCCUCGUAGGACGAGAGGAAGGGAGUUUAUGGGGCCAUCUUUUAUUUUGCCUUAAAAUUUAGUCCAUACGAAAAAAGAAGAGAUCGCCGUCAUCCCACACUACAGGUUCAGUUAGCUUGGUGUAUUUUAACAAAGUCUUGAAGCAAGGGGGGAGGGUAAUCCAAGAAAGCCAGGUGGACUUGUUCUAGGCUUGAUGUUAACUUCCUGCCCUUUCAUUGAAUUAUCCAGGUGACCAAACAAGGUUAGCGUAUCUUAGCAUAAAGUCUUCGGUCAUGAGUAAACCAGAAAAUAAGACAACAAAGUGAUUCCUGUUUGGCUUGAAGCUAAACUUCUGGCCCCUGUUUUUUUUUUUAACAGAAUUAUCCAGGUGACCAACAUCAAAACUCCUGACAAGCAAAGCAUAUUUUAGCAUAAAGUUCGCAAGAAGGAUGAAACAUAAUCCAGGACAAUAAUGAGAGGCGGUGACUGUCAUCCCGACAAGUUUAGCAUAGUUUAUCAUAAAGUCUGAAAACAGGAGAAAACCAGGAAAUAGGACAGACAGCAAGGUCCGUUUGGCCCACCACUUCAGGGUACAAUGCUAAAUCCCUUUUCUUUUCUUUUUUCUUUUUUCCAUUUAUCUGAGCUCUCAGUAAUGUUUACGUAGCUUAGCAUAAAGUCUAGAAGCAGGAGGAAAUGUAAUACAGGAAAAUAGGACAACAAAGUGAGGAAAUUAUCAGGGUGACGGUCAUUCCGACUCCCGACAAGGUUAGCGUUGCUUAGCAUAAAGUCUAGAUGCAGGAUAGACAGAGCGAUGAGCGUUUGUCCUAUUACUUCCGGGCUUGAUGCCUAACUUCCUUCUCGUUUUUUUAAUGUCAUCCUGCGUAGUUUAGCAAAAAGUAAGUGAGCAGGAGGAAAACAGGAAGUAGGACAACAAAGUGAGGUUUGUUUAACUUGAUGCUAACUUCCUGUAUUUUUUAUUUUUAUUUUUUUUUUAAACGGAAUUAUCCAGGUGACCGUCGUCCCAACUGUCAAUAAAGUUAGCAUAGUUUGGCAUUAAGGAAACAUAAUCCAGGAAAUAGGACACAGCGAGGAGUGUUUGGCUCAAAGCUAACUUCCUGACCACAAAAUGUUUUUCGCAUUUUGUCGUUUCUUGUGCCGUCUAAUGGCUGGAUGAGCGUGGCUCUACUUGAUAUUCCUACAGGUAGCAGACUGGCUAGCCGGCUAGCUAGCGGGUGCGCUCACAUGGCCGGAGAGAAGAGACGCUGUUCGUAGGAUGGAUUAGCAUAUACCUCAUUCCCAGUCCAGCUGCGCUGGAGUUUCCAAUGCUAUUCUCUUUGACACUGACAGUGUAAUUAGCAUUAAUACACUCACUCACUUUUUCAACACGUAGCUUUUCACCCCAGGAGUUUGUUUCUAAAUGUGUUCACAGUGUGAAAAAUUCAAUCUCGUACCUUUAUUUUUUCCUUUUCCUUACGCCUUCUGGACCAUUUUUGUUUAUCUUUCGAACUUGUACAGAUUUAUUCUUUGGUUUGACUUAUUUAUUCCAUCAGUAGUGCUCUGUUUUUAUCGUCCAAUGGUUUUUGUUUUCUUAAUAAAACUCUUAAAACAUU